UUUUUCUCUAAUAUACAUUUUAGGCUUCUUGAUUUUGGACGAUUAUUAUGUUAUUUAGUUAGAUUAGAGUCAGUAGACAAAUCUAAAGCUCCAUCGAUCUAACCACCAGAGGUCGCUGGUAAACACUGACACACACAUAGGACUACAAACAUUUUUUACAGUCACUGGCUGUGUCUUUUCGAGCGUAACGAUUUCCGGUUACACAGACUCCAGUAUGGCGGCGCCGGAAGAGGUAACGUAUUUCGUCGUGAACAACAUUCCCGGCCGGUUCCGAUCCGCGGAUCUGAGGAAUUAUUUCAGCCAGUUUAUAGAGAGCGGAGGAUUCGCGUGCUUUCACUACCGUCACCGGCCGGAGCUGCGCGUCACGAGCGGAGCGUGUGAAGCCGGAGAGGGUGAAGCCCGGCCUGCCGCUCCUGCUGACGGUAAACAGUGGAGCUCCUGCUGCUGUGUGGUGUCGGUUCGAGCGCAGGAAUCGGACAGAUUCAUCAGGAUGUACUCCGGGAAUCAGUGGAUCGACUCUUCAGGAAACUGGCUGAGGAAUACCUGCUUAAUCCGGAGAGUCAGAGUGUCCGAGCAGAGCGAUUGUGAUUUAUUCCCGUAUAAGACGAAGGCGGAGCUGCGACGACACGUGGCCCAAUCAGAGCAGUUCACAGAAAAUGACCUGAGGGGCCUGCCAGAGCUGAACCCGCCUGCGCUCAUGCCGUCAGGGAAUGUGGGAACGCCGGUCUCUGUGUUCCUGCAGCUCAUCCAAUCCUGCCGCCUGCCGCCACGCCUCAUCCGAAAACUGGGGCUCACCUUCCCUAAAACCGGCUCCAACCGCAGAUACGGCAACGUGCCCUACCAAUACCACAACACUAGAGUCGUGACGCCUGCGGAGGAGAGCGUGUUCACUGCUGGAGGAGUUGAGAUUAAAGGACACGCCCAAAGGGACACGCCUACAACAUCACACAGAAAACAGGGCAAGCCCACAACCUUAUACAGAACGCAGGAAACGCCCACAGCAUCACAAGCAAAACAAGACACGCCCACAAUAUCACUAACAAUACAGGACACGCCCACAACAACACAAACAAAUCAGGACACGCCUUCUACCUCAUGCAAAAUACAGGACACGCCCACAGCAUCACAAAGAAAACAGGACACGCCCACAACCUCACAAAAACUGGACAUGUCUACUACCUCAUGCAAAAUACAGGACACGCCCACAGCAUCACAAAGAAAACAAGACACGCCCACAACAUCAUGCAUAAUACAGGACACGCCCACAACCUCACAAACCGUACAGGACACGCCCACAACCUCACAAAAACAGGACAUGUCUACUACCUCAUGCAAAAUACAGGACACGCCCACAGCAUCACAAAGAAAAGACACGCCCCCAACAUCAUGCAUAAUACAGGACACGCCCACAGCAUCACAAAGAAAAGACACGCCCCCAACAUCAUGCAUAAUACAGGACACGCCCACAACCUCACAAACAAAACGAUUAAACACACCCACAGCCUCACGCAAAAUACAGGACACGCCCACAUACACACAAACACUAUAUGAAGACACGCCCUCUCCACCUGUCAAUCAACCGUCUCAGGAAGAAGAAAGUGAAGAGGAGCUGUCGGGCCCUGAUGAUGAUGACGACCGCUGUGAGGAGUGGGAGCGUCACGAAGCUCUUCACGAGGACAUCACGGCUCAGGAGAGAAGCAAAGAGCGUCUGUUUGAGGAGGAGAUCGAGCUCAAGUGGGAGAAAGGAGGAUCUGGACUCGUCUUUUACACCGACGCUCAGUUCUGGCAAGAGGAGGAGGAAGGAGAUUUUGACGAGCAGACGGCAGAUGACUGGGACGUGGAUAUGAGCGUCUAUUAUGACAAAGACGGUGGUGAUAUGGACUCCAGAGCUUAUGUGCGCAUGCGUUCUGAACAGAGGCUGCGGGACGGCCUGACGAACACACACAUAGGCAGCUUUGAGAGGUUUACUAAGGGUGUGGGCAGGAGACUGAUGGAGAAACAGGGCUGGAGGGAUGGAGAAGGUUUGGGGAACAGUCAGAUGGGAAUGGCGGAGGCGCUGGAGAAUGAAGGACAGCAUCCACACUGUAAGAGAGGCUUCGGGUAUCAUGGAGAGAAGCUCAACUCGUUCCUUCCUGCUAAAAAACCCAGAAAAGACUUUCAUAUUUCAACAGUUUAUGAUGAACCUCGAGAUAUUGAUCAAGGCGACGACCUGCUGCGGCGGCAACCCAACACCAGCAUGAAGUACAGACAGCGGCGGAUGAAUAACAACCCAAACAGAUGACCAGUGCUAUCAGCUAUUCAUCACCACUGCAUCGUCUGAUGGUGCUAUUCCAAAAAAGAAAAUAUCAUACAACAUGAUAUCAUGCAGAGCUGUAAAUAAUCCUCCAGAUCUUAUUUUGUUGAUAUUAAAAGUGUUCAGUGCUACAACACA